UGCACCACAUCGAGUACGUGUAGUUGGCAGAUCCCGUUCUCGUUUGUCGAGAAUACGAACCGAGCCAAUAAAUGAAGUCAACCGGGACAAUGCCGUUUCCCGUCGAAUUUUCCAAAACAUGCACACACGUAACAGGUCGAACAACUUUGAGCACAACUCGAUGGUUCACAGAAAUUACAUGGAGCAACCACCACAGCCUCAUAAUGUUCGACAAACCAGGAACAAACCUAGACGCCUGGGGCUUACAAAUGCUGAAUAUCAAAGAUCAAGACCUGAUGCCCAAGACGAAGCCAACAGACAACGCACUGAGCUCCGGCGUUUGCUUGAAAGCUUAACAGAACCACAGGGAGCUUCAAGUAGCAAUGAAAACAGCACCAGGCAACAGCAAGCAGCUAGUUAUCAUGUCCUUGAUAACCAAGACCAGCAGCCAGGGACAUCCGGCGUAUCUGAAAAGCUAAACGAGGAGCCACAGCCAGGAACUUCAAGUUCGGCUGGAGGUUGUGGAAGUAGCAGUUUGAAUUCCGUUUGCAGACAGGAUGGUUAUUGGCGUCCAGAUUUGGACAUGUACUCGAGUUCUUCAGAAGAGGAUAUUGCCGAUAUCGACACGGAUAGAUUCACUCGCAGAAAUCCUAAAAGACGUCAUUCAAAUAGAAAUAUUGUACAGGAAGUUAAGAAUGUCAUGCGCAGGCAGGCGGAAAUGCAACACAAGAAAGCAAGAAUGACAAGGACUAGGAAUCUGUCAGAGAGUAGCUCUGAAAGUGACAACGACAAAGAUGUUAUUGAAUGUUCUCAAGAUAAAAACAGAGUCAUGAAAUGCACGCGUUCAAAUGCUCACAGAAAGUCUAGAGAACAUCGUUUAAACAGAGAUAUUGUACAGGAAGUAAAGGCAGAUAUGCGCGCUCAAGCGAAAGUGCGUCGUAGAGAAGCAAGACUUACCAGAAAUAGAAACCUACCAGAAAGUAGUUCUGAAAGUGAUAGUGAUUUGGAAGUUAACAUCAGUUCUUCAGUAGAAAAGCCUGUAAAGAAUGACAGUCAAUUGAAGACCCGCAGAAAUCCGAGGAGACACCAUUCAAACAGAGACAUUGUACAGGAAGUGAGGACUGAUAUGCGCAUGCAUGCAGAAAUGCGCCGCAAAGAGUCAAAUGUGGCCAGAAAUAGAAAUCUCUCGGGCAAUGACAGUGAUGUGAUUCCAGGCAAAAUAUCAAAACAGCAUCCGAAGAAUGGUUCAUGCCAAGAAGCUGGAAGGGACAUAAGUGGUGGCAAUUCAGAAAAUGAAAUCCAACAGGCAAAGGCAGACAUGAAUGCAAGGGCGGUACUGCGACUGGAGGAAGCAAACACUAAUGAGGAUAAAAUCCACUUGGGUACACGCUUUGAAAGUGACAAAGGAAAAUGCCAAAACGAUGGGCGAAAAUCUUCGAAUUCUAGCUAUGUCAUUGCUGAACCGGAACGCACGUUUGUGUCAGAUCAUCAUGAGGAAAAUAUUGAAACCGAUUGCCGCAAAGCAGAGGGUAGUAUUGCAUUUGAGAUCAGAGAAACCAAGGAGAAUAAAGUUGACCACCACGAUACCAAGGAUAAUAUUGGAGCCGACGCUAAAGAUACCAUUGUGAGUUUUGCAGUAGAUGAAUUCAAAGGAAAUGAUAUGAAUGAUCGUCUCGAAACCAUGGGAAAUAUCCAAGCAUACAACAAACAACCUACUGAGCACACUAACAAAAAGUAUGAUAUGGAGAUUACAAGUGCCCUUAACAGACACGCGAGUCCUGUUGGAAAUUUGCAUAAAAACGGGUCACAAGGCACAAGCAGCAAUCUACCCACACUAUUAAGUACAACUAAAAGAAAAACUGAAAAUGCCACUGGUUCGUCACUGAUCUCAAUUGCAAACACAAAUAACAAAAAUGAGCUUGCAUGCAGUAGUGAUAAAAACGUUAUCACAAAGAAGAUGGAAGUGAAAAUGAAUGAACAAACACCAGAAGAAGAGGAAAAAGAAAGAGAAGCGUCACUGAAAAAAAUGAGAAAUAUGCUUUUUGAGCUGCUUUUCGAAAAUCACAUGUCUUCACCGCAAGGGUCAUCACCUGUGGAGCAAUGGUGGAACAAAGGAAGAGUUGUAUUGUUUGCCGAUGUUUUUAAGAAGAGAAAUGUAAAAAGCAGCGCUCCUGCUCCUGCUGAAGAUGAUAUCAUCAUAAACCAAUUAGGUAAUACAAAUAGUUUUUUCAAGCAAAAUGAUAAUAGUAACAACAACAACAACAACAUCAACAACUACAACAACAUGUUUGUGACGACGAUACAGAAAAACAGAAAUGCUUUCCUUGAGAAAAUCUACCCUACUGGAGGCAAUAUUUUGGUAACGACAUUCUGGGAGAUCAACGAUGUAGGCCUUGAGAACAACGAUUAUUUUGAGAGUGACCGAAAUGUAACAAAAAGUUUGCUAUUCAAUGACGCAUGCCUUGAAGGCAGUAGACAUGUUGGAAGCGAGUCAUGUGAAAAGACAAUCCGCAUAAGAAAUGAUGCAGGCUCAACAAAUAACAAUUCUAUUGGAUAUAAACCAUGUGUAACGACAACUGACAAAAUACAUGACGCAGUCUUAAAGAACAAAUUUAUUAGAAUUGACCCAUGCUAUAUGACAACCCAGAAAAUCAACAAUACAGGCCUAAAGAACAGCAGUGAACAACCUGGUAUAAUGGCAAUAGAAGAAAUCAAUAAGACAUGUUUACAGGACAACAUUUCUUUUGAAAAAUACCAUUGUAUUAUGACAACCAAGGAAAUCAUUGAUGCAAGCUUGGAAAACGACGAUACUAUAGGAAGUGACCCAUUUGCAGUAAUAGCCCAGAAAAUCAGCGACGCAGGCUUAGAGAACAACGAUUCUAUUAGAGUUGAAUCAUGUGUGACUACAAGUGAGGAAAUCAUUACAGCAGGUUUAGAGAAACGGAGUGAGCCAUAUGUAAUGAUAAACCAGGACAUAGACAUUAUGGGCUUAGAGAACAACGAUUCUAUUGUUUUAACUGAAGGCAUCAACAUUGCGGGCUUAGACAAGAGAAAGUCUAUUGAAAGUAACCCACAUAUAAUGACCACAAAGAAAAUUAACGAUGCAGGCUUACAAAAAAUUAAUCUGGUUGGAUGUGACCAACGUGUAAUGGCAAUCCUGGUAAACAACGACAUAUGCUUUGAGAAUAUCGAGUCUAUCAAAAUAAAUCCAUAUGUAUUGAAAAAUCAGGGUAACAACAAUGAAGAAGGCUUAGAAAGCAGAGUUUUUGUUGGAAGUGAUUCAUGUUUAUUGGAUAUCCAGAAAAUCAUCGACGCAGGCUUAGAAACCAUUGAUCCUUUUGAAAGUGAAUCAUACGUAAUGACAAUCAACAAAAUAAAUGACACAGUUUCAGGUUCAGAGAAAAUUGAUACUAUUUCAAGUAACUCAUAUGUAAUGACAACCAGAGAAAUCAUUGAUUUCUUUGAUUUGGGCUCGGAGAAAACAGUUCCUACUCGGAGUGAAAUGACAAACCAGGAUAUUAACGACACAGGCAUAGGCAUCACCGGUCCUAUUAAUAGUGAUCAACGUGUACUUAAAACACGGGAAAUUCAGGGUACAGGUUUUGAGAAGAUUAAUCUUAUUGAAUAUGACCCAUAUAUAAUGACAUUCCAGAUAAUUAACGACGAAAGCCCGGGUGUAGUUAGGUAAAG